AUGAAGUUUCGUCGCAGCCUGAGACUGCCCCGAGCCGAUAACUCUGGGUUGUCUAACACCUCCUUCACCCGACUGCGCAUCGUUCUUUUCAUGGUCAACUUCAUCAAAUGGGCCAGCGCCUGCAUUGUGAUGGCCAUUGUAUCUUACUUUAUUCACGAUUAUUCGAGGGAUUUGCAUACAACAUAUCAAGAGAUCAUUGCUUGCACCAGCAUCGGUUUCUUCUUGCCCACCAUCCCCCUGGCAUUUCACAAACGCUUCACAGUUCAACUCAUCCCCUUGGACUACAUCUACUCCCAUCUGUGGGUGACCGCAUUCAUUUUUGCCGCGGAAGACUACAACCGACAUCCUUGCUCUAGCGUCUCGCCACCAGGCGUCAGAAAAUGCUCGCUGAAGUACGCACUUGAGUCUUGGUGCAUUAUUGCUGUCGCUUUUUGCGUCUUCUCCACGAUUGUUCAGGUCUUGAUAUACAGAAGUGAACGGGACGUCCGUCACUCGAUGCUCCUAGAAAAGACCCGCCAAUCUGUGGAAACAACAGAUGGUGUACAGGAUACUACUGGCCCGGAAGCAGUUGAGCCCGUCAGUCAGGCAUAA